UUCAAUUAAAUUGAGAUACUUCUAAGAUACGUAUCUGAGAAGUAUUUUAAUAUCUGUGUUUAAACCAAGACCGGUGCGUAUUCAUCCAUGGGAAGUUGUGUAUCAACGCAAGGUAAACAUGGCGGGCGAAAGAAAUCAAAGGAUCAUCAUAUCAACACCAAACACAAAAUAAAUGAUCAAAACCAUGAGCCUAACACACCAACAACGCGUAGAUCAAGUGUGACAGGGCGUAGAUCAAGCGUGACAUCACGUCAACUUAACGUGGUAACGAAUCCAAGUCCAGGAAACAUAUUUGAUAAAUAUGAAUUAGGAAAAGAGCUUGGGAGAGGUGAAUUUGGUGUGACACACCGUUGCGUGGAACUUAAAACGGGUGAGGCGUUUGCGUGUAAGAAGAUAGCGAAGACAAAGCUGAGGACCGAGAUUGAUAUUCAAGAUGUGAGGAGAGAGGUUCAGAUUAUGAGGCAUUUGCCUGAACAUCCUAAUAUUGUGGCAUUUAGAGAAGCUUAUGAAGAUAGAGAUGCUGUUUAUCUUGUUAUGGAAUUGUGUGAAGGUGGUGAACUUUUUGAUAGGAUUGUUGCUAAAGGUCAUUAUACAGAAAGAGCUGCUGCUAAUGUUGCCAAAACCAUUCUUGAAGUUUGCAAGGUGUGCCAUGAACAUGGUGUGAUACAUAGGGACUUAAAACCUGAAAAUUUCUUAUUUGCAGAUGGAAGUGAAGCAGCUUCACUUAAGGCAAUUGAUUUUGGCCUUUCCACUUUCUAUGUAAAUGGUGAUAGAUUCAAUGAAAUCGUUGGAAGUCCAUAUUACAUGGCUCCUGAGGUUUUAAGACGUAACUAUGGACCGGAGAUCGAUAUCUGGAGCACAGGAGUUAUUCUUUAUAUUUUGCUCUGUGGAGUUCCACCUUUCUGGGCAGAAACUGAAGAAGCCAUUGCACAAGCGAUUAUCCGGGGUAAUGUAGAUUUCACAAGAGAUCCUUGGCCUAAAGUUUCAGAGGAAGCAAAAUACCUUGUGAAGCGCAUGCUUGAUCCAAAUCCAUUCUCAAGAAUCACAGUUCAAGAAGUUCUUGAUCAUUCUUGGAUACAAAAUAGGGAGCAUGGUAAAAAUGUUUCUCUUGGAGACCAAGUGAGGUCGAGGAUCAAACAAUUCUCCUUGAUGAACAGAUUCAAAAAGAAAGUCCUUAGAGUGGUGGCUGAUAACUUGCCAGAUGAACAAAUCGACGGGUUUAGGAAAAUGUUUGAUAUGAUGGACAAAGACAAAAAUGGACACUUAACAUUUGAAGAGCUCAAAGAUGGCUUUGCAGAGAUCGGAAACGUUAUUCCUGAUCCCGAUCUUCAAAUGUUAAUGGAUGCUGCAGAUUUUGAUGGAAAUGGCACCUUGAAUUGUGAAGAGUUCAUCACAAUGAGUGUUCACAUGAGAAGGCUUGGAAAUGAUGAGCAUCUCACAGAAGCAUUCAAUUUCUUUGACAAGAAUAAGAGUGGAUAUGUUGAGUUUGAUGAGUUGAAAGAUGCCUUAUCAGAUAAUGGUUCGACCGAUGACCAAGUGAUCAGAGACAUUCUCAACGAUGUCGACUUGGAUAAGGAUGGUCGAGUAAGUUUUGAGGAAUUUAAGGCAAUGAUGAAGACAGGAGGAGAUUGGAAAAUGGCAUCAAGACAAUAUUCAAAAGCAUUUCUAAAUGCAUUAAGCUUCAGAAUGUUUAAAGACAAAUCUACGGGAGUAGCAACUAACUAAACUAAAUUAACUGAAUUUCUAUAAAGCAGAUUACUGUACCACUAAUUAUUCAGCAGCAUGCAAAUAAAUAUGUUGCAAUAUUUUGAGUUGUGUCCAGUUUGAAAGUGUAAA